CUUUCUUUCAUAUAUUUAUUAUCGGAUGUCAUUUGCUUUGCUCUCCCUUCCCUUCCUUUCUUCCUUCUCUCUACUACUUAAACCCUAAACCCCUAAACCUUCAAAUCCACCACCAAGCACCGAAUUGAAGAGCAUUUAAUCGAUAAAUGGCGACCUCUGUUCUUCUCCGAUCGCUCCGUCGCCGCGAAGUUUCUUCCGCCCCUGUUUCAGCUUUCAAAACUAUAACUGGAAGCAAUAAACCAUCAUGGGUUUUGGGAAACAAGUGGCCAGGCCUUGCAAGGCCAUUCAGCACUAAGCCAGCUGGAAAUGAUGUGAUUGGUAUAGACUUGGGCACUACGAACUCGUGUGUUUCGGUUAUGGAGGGGAAGAAUCCGAAAGUUAUUGAGAACUCCGAGGGUGCUAGAACAACUCCAUCGGUAGUUGCUUUCAACCAAAAAGGAGAGCUCCUGGUCGGGACGCCAGCAAAGCGACAAGCUGUCACAAAUCCAACUAACACACUUUUCGGAACCAAACGCCUGAUUGGUAGACGCUUUGAUGAUCCUCAGACUCAGAAGGAAAUGAAUAUGGUUCCAUACAAAAUUGUCCGGGCUCCUAAUGGUGAUGCUUGGGUUGAAAUUAAUGGACAGCAGUACUCCCCAAGUCAAAUUGGUGCUUUUGUUUUGACAAAGAUGAAGGAAACUGCUGAGUCUUACCUUGGAAAGUCGGUAAGCCAGGCUGUGAUCACAGUUCCAGCUUAUUUUAACGAUGCCCAGAGGCAGGCCACCAAAGAUGCUGGAAGAAUAGCAGGCCUGGAUGUACAAAGAAUUAUUAAUGAACCCACAGCUGCUGCGCUUUCUUACGGUUUGAACAACAAAGAGGGUCUCGUUGCAGUUUUUGACCUAGGAGGUGGAACUUUCGAUGUCUCUAUAUUGGAAAUAUCAAAUGGUGUUUUUGAGGUGAAAGCCACAAACGGGGACACAUUUUUGGGAGGGGAGGAUUUCGAUAAUGCUUUGUUGGAGUUUUUGGUCAGCGAAUUUAAGAGAACAGAGAGUAUUGAUCUGUCAAAGGACAGGCUUGCACUGCAGAGGCUUCGAGAAGCAGCUGAGAAGGCAAAAAUAGAGCUUUCGUCGACGUCCCAGACCGAAAUCAACUUACCUUUCAUCACUGCAGAUUCAUCAGGGGCGAAGCAUCUGAAUAUUACGUUGACCCGAUCAAAGUUCGAGGCUUUGGUGAACCACUUAAUCGAGAGGACCAAGGCACCUUGCAAGAGCUGUUUGAAGGAUGCCGGGAUAUCGACUAAGGAAGUAGACGAGGUGCUUCUUGUCGGAGGUAUGACCCGCGUUCCGAAAGUUCAGGAAGUAGUUUCUGAAAUCUUCAGUAAGUCCCCGAGCAAAGGGGUGAAUCCGGAUGAGGCAGUUGCAAUGGGAGCUGCUAUUCAGGGAGGUAUACUGCGCGGCGACGUUAAAGAAUUGCUUCUUUUAGACGUGACGCCGCUCUCACUUGGGAUCGAGACACUCGGAGGUAUCUUUACGAGAUUGAUCAACAGAAACACAACAAUACCGACGAAGAAAAGCCAGACAUUCUCGACGGCUGCUGAUAAUCAAACUCAAGUUGGUAUCAAAGUACUACAAGGAGAGCGCGAAAUGGCUGCUGAUAACAAACUUCUUGGAGAGUUUGAGCUUGUGGGAAUUCCGCCGGCUCCAAGGGGCAUGCCGCAGAUAGAAGUCACAUUCGACAUUGAUGCUAAUGGAAUUGUUACAGUCUCUGCAAAGGACAAGGUUGCGGGAAAAGAGCAGCAGAUCACAAUCCGGUCUUCAGGCGGCUUGUCUGAAGGCGAGAUUGAAAAAAUGGUGAAGGAGGCCGAGAUGCACGCGCAGAAGGACCAAGAGAGAAAGGCGCUGAUCGAUGUAAGGAACAACGCAGACACCACCAUCUACAGCAUUGAAAAGAGCUUAAACGAGUACAAGGACAAGGUUCCAACAGAGGUGGUGUCUGAAAUUGAGUCUGCAAUUUCGGACUUGCGAACUGCAAUGGCAGCCGAGAAUGUAGAUGAGAUCAAGGCCAAAAUCGAUGCGGCGAACAAAGCUGUGUCUAAGAUUGGACAACACAUGUCUGGCGGCGCCGGCUCUGGUGGGAGUUCCACAGGAGGUUCAGACGGCAGCGAGGCGGCGGCCGAGGCGGAGUACGAGGAGGUAAAGAAGUAGAGUGCAUUUGAAUUAUAGGUAACUUGGUUGGAUUACUGAGGUUUUCAUAUAUCGGAAAGCUGUUGUGGGUAGAUAUUUGUUUUCACACAUUCAUACUCAAUUACUCAUUACAUGAGUUUUUUUCUCAGCUGUAAUAAAUCAAUCAGUACACAAUUGAUGAUGGUAUGCACCUGAUUGAUCUUCA